AAAAUAUUUCUUUUUAAAAACAUUUAUAAAUAUUUAAAGUAUAAAAGUAUUAUUUUAUAUAUACAUCUACCUUUAAACUGCCAAAUGUUAGCAAAUUAUGGUCUGUGCGUGUCGGGCUUGACAAGGCCGCCUUGUGGAUAAAACUUUUAAAAGGGUCAUCCGAACAAGUCUGGUAGGGUGUAAAUCUUCGCUUGCUUCAGAGUAACCCGACCAACUGGGAUGACAUCCGACUCCGCAUUGGCUCUCUGAUGAUAAAAAAAAGUUGCCUUUCAGAAUGCCGUCAAAAAAAAACUACACGCUACAGUUCAUUUUGUUGCUGGGCUGCCUAUGUAAACCGUCUAUAUAUACUUGAUUCAAUCCCCCUUCCUCGUGCUCUCCUCAUAUUCUGUGAAUAAUCAGCAAGCGAAUCGCAUCUAACCCAGAAUAUCGGGUAUGUUUUCUAUUACUCUGGCUAACACUUACACGAGGAUAUAUGGGUUUCCGAAGGAUGAGGGUGAUUUUGAGCCACGUGGACAGCUAUGUGAGACUCACACUCCUAUACAUUACAAUCCGUCGCUGAAGAUGAUCGAACACUUUGGAGAUACCCUACCAGGAAACUCGGGAAGUCCGGUGAUUAACUCCUCAGGGAACAUCGUCGCUGUGCACUUUGGUUCGGAUUUCGUAGACGGCAGGACGGUUAACCUUGCGGUAGUAAUUGAACGUAAUGGAAAUAACAUUACGGCCCUCCGCCAAGCCCCUAAUAAUAUGUUGACAAGUUCGGGCUCCUCUCCACGCCGCCAUCAGCAAAACAUCAAUGCCCAACAGUUUAUGGAAAUCAGGGGUGCCGGGGGUCUUAUCUUCGCCUGGUAAUGCAGUGACAGGGGUAAGUGAAUAUGAAAAUAUGGUUACGUGCCAUACGAUUAUUAUAAAUGUGGCGUCUGGAUUGUUGGAAAACUCGGACGGUAUGGUUUUGGGUAGAUAUUAUUUAUAACUCAUAACGCUGUGCAUGUUGCAUUAGAUAUAAACCAGUCUUCAAUGGUUUAGGUACCUGUAGGAAGACCAGGGGGUAAAUGAUUAGGUAAGGAUUAGGUGUACACCAAUAAGAGUACGUUGAAAGGAAAGGAAACACACGGUACUGAAAUGAGGCUAUCACGAUCUGUUGUUGUCU